AAUGGGUGGGGAUUAGUCUGAAGCCUAAUCCGAUAGGCUGUUGCCGUUUUACAAUCCAUAAGACAUGUCAUCAUGUAGUCGUCUAAUUGAAUUUCUAAUUAGUAAUAUCAGUUCAGAGUUUGAGUGAAUAAUGAUACUUUCAUUCGAAAGUGACAAAUAACUUGGAAAAUGGACUAAGUGACAAAACUAAGUGAUAUAAUAAUAUAUCGAUGUGUAAAAACCUGUGUGUAAUUUGCAAUUUCAAUAUCUAAAAUACUUAAAAAAUACGUUAUGACUAAUCUUAUGUCUCCCUAAAACCAAUAAAUGAAAAAAAUAUUACUAACUAAUAAAAAAUAAAAACGAAAUUCAAAUCGUAUUUUUCGAACAAAGUCACAGAACCCCACUAACUGAAAGCAUCUCAUAUCGCUCUAAGCUUUCCAAGUACCGUCAAUACAUAAGCUAGGACAUGACACAAGUAAAUAUACGAAACAUGUCACUCAGAUAAAACUGUUAUAAAUACAACAGCGACACCUACAGAACGAUUAGUGCCGUCGCGUUUCGCGGGCGCCUCAUCUUACAACUAUUAAUUUAUGUUACUUUCCUCCACUCCACAUAUAUCUUUUAGUCAUUGUAGAGUGCAUUUAAAGUAUUGAGUAAGUCUUCUUUUCACAAUGGCACCGGGUGUCGCUCAAAAUUCCGACGCAAUUAUCGCCGAGUUGCCCGUAAAAAAUGGAGGGAUUGAUGUGUUGGUCGAACCUAUGAAACAGUGCCCAGUGGAACGGGUUCUGCCGAAGAUUGAGAUCAAUAAGCCUGUCCGAAGGGUCAUCAGGCCAAAAGUGUUGAAGAAUCUUGAAAGCCGGGAGUAUCUUUAUGACCGCUUGUAUGAUACCACCUGUCCAAGAUCGUCUACACUAUGCAACGAGAAGGCGUGCCUUGGCAGUGUGAUGGCCCUCCCUGGCCGCGGUGAGGUGCCAAGAGAGCCAGAGGAGGUCCUCAACGAUGCUAAUGACUUCCUCGGACAAUACUUUGCGUCUAUACGCAGAGCCAACACACCGGCUCAUGAGGCACGUUGGAAGGCAGUGCAGGAGGAGGUGGCGAAGACUGGUACGUACCAGCUGACGACCACCGAGCUGGUCUUUGGAGCGAAGCUUGCGUGGAGGAACGCCAGCAGGUGCAUCGGAAGGAUACAGUGGUCUAAGUUGCAGGUAUUCGAUUGCCGGCAAGUGACGACGACAAGCGGUAUGUUCGAAGCGCUCUGCAACCACAUCAAAUAUAGCACCAACAAAGGGAAUAUUAGGUCUGCAAUGACGGUAUUCCCUCAGCGCACGGACGCUAAGCAUGACUACAGGAUAUGGAACAGCCAGCUCAUCAGCUACGCCGGCUACCGCCAGCCCGACGGCACCGUGCUCGGGGACCCCAUGCACUGCGAGUUUACUGAGCUGUGUCUUAAACUGGGUUGGAAGCCUCCCCGGACUGCGUGGGACAUCCUGCCGCUCGUGCUCUCGGCUAAUGGGAAGGACCCGGACUACUUCGACAUCCCUCGGGAACUCAUCAUGGAGAUAAAUAUGACCCAUCCUACAUACGAAUGGUUUGAAGAGCUGAACCUCCGCUGGUACGCGUUACCAGCGGUCGCGAACAUGCGUUUCGAUUGCGGCGGGAUCGAGUUCACCGCGAACGCCUUCAACGGCUGGUACAUGAGCACCGAGAUUGGGUGCAGGAACUUCUGCGAUACCAACAGGCUUAAUAUGUUGGAGAAAGUGGCUCAACGAAUGGGUUUGGAUACAAGAACUCCUGUGAAUCUGUGGAAGGAUAAAGCUCUGGUGGAAUGCAACGUGGCCGUGCUGCACAGCUUCCAACAACAUAAUGCAACUAUAGUGGACCAUCACACCGCGUCCGAGAGCUUCAUCAAACAUCUCGACAAUGAGAACCGGUUGAGGUCGGGAUGCCCAUCUGACUGGAUCUGGAUCGUGCCGCCAAUGUCGUCUUCGAUAACACCAGUGUUCCACCAAGAGAUGGCGCUGUACUAUUUGAAGCCAUCCUACGAAUAUCAGGAACCAGCAUGGAAGACUCAUCAAUGGCAGAAAUCUAAGCCAAUUACAGGCAAGAGACCAAUUAAUAGGAAAUUCCACUUCAAACAAAUUGCUCGAGCUGUGAAGUUCACAUCAAAACUGUUUGGACGUGCCCUGUCCAAAAGAAUCAAGGCAACCGUUCUGUAUGCAACGGAGACAGGCAAAUCUGAACAGUUUGCUAAGGAACUAGGAGUUAUUUUCGGGCAUGCUUUCAACGCCCAGGUAAGAUCACUAAAAAAGUACAACUGCAUGGCUGAUUAUGACAUAACGUCGAUUGAGCAUGAAGCCUUGCUGUUGGUCGUCACAUCCACUUUUGGAAAUGGCGAUCCACCUGAAAAUGGAGUUGCUUUUGGAGAGCACCUUUGCGAGCCUUAUGCUGAUCAGGAAGAAAGCUCCGGGAAUCAAAUGCUGACACCCAAAUCUUUUAUUAAAGCAAACAGCCAAAUUGAACUGCAAAGAUACGCAGCUGGUAACCCUAAAAAACUGAGCCGAUUAGAAUCAUUGAAAGGAAGCACGACAGAUGCCACAUCUAUUGACAGUUUUGGUCCAUUAAGCAACGUUCGUUUCGCGGUGUUCGCUUUAGGCUCGAGCGCGUAUCCAAAUUUCUGUAACUUUGGCAAAUACGUGGACAAGUUGCUUGGUGACCUCGGAGGGGAACGAAUCCAUGACCUUGCGACCGGUGACGAAAUGUGCGGACAAGACCAGGCCUUCCGGAAAUGGGCCUCUGGCGUUUUCAACGUAUCUUGCGAAACGUUCUGUUUGGAUGACGACGAAACAUUGCAAGAAGCUAAAAGAGCACUGGGUACUGUAGCUCUAAGUGAGGAAACUGUACGGUUUGCCAGACCUGAUAUUCGCGCUCCUACUUUGCAAGGCGCUCUACAAUCAGCACUGAACAAAAAGUUUGUGCACUGUGUUGUUAGAGCAAAUAAAGACUUAGGUGAUGAUUCUGCUGAAAGAUCUACCAUAUUCUUGGAUAUGGAACCAAAGGAAGAAAUUAAAUAUGAUCCAGGAGAUCAUGUAGGAAUAAUUGCGUGCAAUCGCAAGGAAUUGGUUGAUAGCAUACUAGUUAGACUGAAGGAUGUUGAUGAUUAUGAUGAACCACAGCAACUGCAACUUAUGAAGGAAACCCAUACAUCAAGCGGUCCUGUCAAGUCUUGGGAGAAACACGAGAGGCUUCCAGUUGUGAGUGUCCGUGAACUGUUCACAAGGUUUUUGGACAUCACCACACCACCAACAACGAUUCUUCUGCAAUAUUUAGCUACCACUUGUGAAAAUGAAGAAGAGAGCAAACAAUUGAAUAUUCUUGCUACAGAUCCGGGUGCUUACGAAGAUUGGCGUCAUUUCAAUUUCCCGACUGUAUCUGAAGUGUUAGAUCAAUUCCCUUCAGCCAGACCAAGUGCGUCACUACUAGCUGCACUUUUGUCUCCUUUGCAACCAAGAUUUUACUCCAUUUCCUCGUCUCCGAUAGCUCACCCGAAACGUCUGCAUUUGACUGUCGCCGUAGUUACUUACAGGACUCAAGAUGGCGAAGGACCUGUCCAUUAUGGCGUUUGCUCGAAUUAUCUCAUGGACCGCAAGCCCGGCGAUGAGGUGUACCUGUUUAUUCGCAGCGCUCCAAACUUCCAUCUGCCUCAGGACCUAUCAGUUCCAUUGAUACUUAUAGGCCCCGGAACUGGCAUUGCUCCAUUCCGUGGUUUUUGGCAUCAUCGCAGAGCUCAGCUGAACAACUCUCGUAAUCGUCAAAGCGCUGGUCCAGUCUGGCUGUUCUUCGGAUGUCGAACCAAUAAUAUGGACUUGUAUCGCGAGGAAAAGCAACAGGCUCUUAAGGAAGGGGUUCUCUCCAAAGUUUUCCUUGCUUUGUCUAGGGAGAAGAAUAUUCCUAAAAUGUACGUCCAAGAGCUGGCAGAAAAAGAAGGUCCCGAAAUACAUGACUUGCUGAUAAAUCGAGGAGCUCAUUUCUACGUGUGCGGUGAUUGUAAGAUGGCUGAAGAUGUCCAUCAGAAGCUAAAGGGGAUCAUAAAGAAACAUGGCAACAUGACUGAUGACCAAGUACAGAGCUUCAUGUUUAUGCUCAAGGAGGAGAAUCGUUACCACGAAGACAUCUUCGGUAUAACUCUGCGCACGGCGGAGGUGCACUCGGCGUCGCGGGAGUCGGCGCGCCGCAACCGCGUCGCCGCGCUGCCAUGACGCCGGUCCUCACGCUACCAUCCCAACUCCCUCACGUAGCUCAUCUACCAACCCUGCAUACUAAAUGAUUGGACUACAGAACGGGAAAACACCGUUCCAAAUAACGCCAUCAUCGAUCUCAAUUUUAUAAGCUUCAAAAUUACGUGUUUCCUUAGCAUCGUCGACUUACGUUGCCUGAUCUAAUUAAGGUGAGUCAAUUAGAAUAUUUUCGCUUGGUAAGAAUUUGUUUGUGCCAUUAAGCUACAGGGGUUGUGCGUGAUAACGGUCUUGAAUUUAUUGUACAUAGUCUUCACUUCCAGAGUUACAUUCCAUUUCAGUAUUAUUAUUUUUGGAUGCUCACGUCUCGAGGCUGCUGAAAUGUUUAUAAAUAUUUAUAUUGUUAUUUUAUAUGAAUUCCAAGCAGGGUGAUUUUAUAUUUCAUAACGCACAAAAGGCAUUUCCGUAUUUUACGUUACCCUCUAAAAGCUUACCAGUUCUUAUAAUUAUUGGAAAAUAAUAUUAUAAUGAUUGACUUUAAAAUAUUUCAGUAUAAUGAGAAUUUACCUAUUACAUAGUAUCUAGAUGUAAUUUUAUUCCAUUUAAUAUUGAUAUAUUAUAUAAAUCUAUAAUGACUUUCAUUGACGUCAUAAAAUAAAAUA